UAGUGAAUCUUAUUGUAUUGGCCCCACUCGACGACAUGCCGUCACUAUACAAACUCAUUUAGACUAGAUCAGAGCUGACGCGUAUAAUAAUAUACACCAACAAGAGAUCUAAAAUAUAUACAGGUGCAUGACGACCAAUAAUUAAACUGACUUGUUUAAACGUGGACCAUGAAAACGUUGGAUUUAUAUAAUUUGUCGUGUUUGGAGGAAAGUAUAUCGUGAGUGAGGUGAACCCGGUCGAAUAGUAAGUGCAGAAUUCAGACACAUCCUUAACAUGAACAUUCAUGAAUUACAGCAACACAGACUGAACGACUUCACAUAUACGACCACGCAACAAUGAAUUAUUUUCGGGUAUAGACAAAAAUGAUUUAGAUGGUAGUCUAACAAAACAAGGAAAAAUUUACCCGAAGAUGUUUCAUAGAUUAAUAUCAGGAUACUACACCUUCUAAAGAAUACCUAAAAGAUGGCUCAUGACGUUCGUGAUGUCACCGCUACUUCCAAACCAAGAGGUAACUAUUUGGAUCCUCUGAAAGCAUGCUCACUUUCAGGAGAGAACGGAGUGCCUGUAGGAAAAUCAGAAUCAGCAACCUUCUCCAAAUACAACUCCAUCAUCAAACAAUCAAGACGGAAUGCGACAAGGGCUUCCGUGCUCAACGACGUCGAACGGAGUCGAUUUGAUUCCAUCGUCAAGCGAAUGGAAAGCGAACACGUCUACCACACGGCCGUGCUUGAUCGCCAGAAGAGACAAUUCAGAAAAUCUCUACAGGUGCUGGAGAAAGACAGGCGAGCUGUGAAGAGGUAUUUCGAUAAGGGCGGGAAAUGGGUGGCGACGCCACUUAAGCUAGUCGAUGGCGUCAACUCGAAGAGGAAUAGACUUGAAAGACACGACCUACUGCCGCCAAUUGAAGCUGUGGCGGCCGUGCAGGAAGUCGACGCCGAAAUACCAGAGCAUCAAGGUGAUCAACCAACAGUGGACAAUGGGGCUACGGAAGUUGUCGAGCCUGCUCCAGAGCAGGAUGCGAAGGAUGCAUCCAGCAAUCACGUGUCGCGUGGUCCACAAUUCCCAGCCCGUCGUCUGCAAAGCAUGCCCGUUGUAGCAACGUCCAGUACAGUACCAAAGCCGCCACAGAGAUUCUAUACAGGUGAUGAUAUGAACACGAUGAGAGAUCAUAUAAUGAAUCAGGACAAAGAUAAUGACAGUAUGAAAAAGAAUGAUGUUUCUACUUCGAUAUAAGGGUGUUCUUGUCCGGGGUUCUUGUUGCCAGAUGGAUUAGUAGUGCACUAGUGCUAUUUUAUAUUGGUCAAAGUGUGUCGCAAUCUGCCACUGUAUAUGCUUUUUCUUGCAUAGCCGUGGCACUUGCCGUGCUGCACCGAAUCCAGUAUUUAGAAUGGGUCCGGGGAAUGGGGCUUAUAUUUAUUUUAAACCAUUGUUUUUAAAGUAUAGAUAUAUUGACGAUGGUAGAGACAUUUAAUGACGAAAUAUAUGACAAUAGCGGAAUAGCCAUAAUUAUUCUGAAAAUACAAACUCAUUAACUUGGAUGGAUGAUAAAUAGGCCCCUGUUCAACUUGAUUUUUAAAGAACUCGUAAAUUAUUGUAUUUCACUUCAUGAUGAUAUGAAAGACAUAUAAAUUCUUCAAACGUGGAAUCGACUUUGACAAACAAAUAUGAAAUCAGGAAAAUACCGAAUAAUUUUACAAAAUAAAUUGAGAACAAAUCUGUGUUUUGUGGUUUUAUCUUGCUCUGGGUUUAUUAAAAAAGCGCUUGUGUACAUUGCAAAUGAAUUGGUGUAUAUUGUCUGAAUGCAUAAAUACAUUAUUCCAUAUCAAGUUGUAUGAAAUGCACUGUUGAUGUGAGCUUAAAUCUGUGUGUAUUUUUUUAAUCAGUAAUAUGAAUUAAACUGUCAGCAUCGAUGAACAUAAUCACAAAUGACACAUUACUUCAUACAAUGAAUACGAAAAGGAAAAUAAUCAUGAUAUUCCCCCAUGAUAUAUACGUAUAUUCCAAUGGGAUAUCAUGCUAAUUUUAUGACGGCUUAAACAUGUUUUCAAUUAUAUAUUUCUUGCACACCAAUAUGUAUACCAUUGUGUUCAAACACCAUUAGUGAUAGGCCAGCCCUAUCUUAAAAA